AUCAGAGACGUGCCAUUUCAGGAGAAGCUGCGGAAAAUAUUCUUAAGAUAGUUGCAAAAAUCUAUUUUAUUUUAUAUUAUUGUGAACAAUUGUAUUCUAAAUUUCCCUGCUUAUAAAUAUACAUAAAUCGUUGUUUGGAAACCUCAGUGAAUGUUAUUUAAUUGUUAAUGCUCAAACAAAUUUGCACUCUUUUGUCUGCAAAAUUGUAUGUGCAUGUCUGUACUCCUUAAACCUAGGCUUAGUCUCCUAAGUUAUUCAAUAUAUUGUUAAGAAAUCCAAGCGAUGAGUAGUUUAUAAGACGUAGCUUUUAAGACGGUACAUACACACAUAUUAAUAAUUAUAUAGACACAUGAAAUAUGAAUAUUUUAUCUAUUCAUCUACCCCUUUGAAAAAAUCAAUGCUCGCAUUGAGACACCUUCAAAGGAACAGAGUCUACAUAUGUAAUGAAAGUGUAAAGUAAUGAUAAUACUAUAGUCGAGUCUGCCGACUAUAAUACUUCCUGACAUAUUACAAAAUACUUUAAAAUGAUAUAUACUUAUCUUUCUUUUCAGGAACUUUUAUAUAUACCAAAACAUCCACGAUCAAAGGAAAAUGAUCAAUAAUAAGAUUGCUUAUUAUUUAUCACGUUCUAAGAUGGAAAAAUAUCAAAUGUUUUUCUAGUCGUUAAGGCCCAAUUUAUAUAAAAUUCUAAUAAUAUUCAUUUUGUUAUGCAUAUUUCUAUAAAUAUUUAAACAAAUAUCUUAUUUUAGAAUGCCUUACACAGGAAUCGCUUUGAAAAUGUAAUGUCCCUUUUUCAAGAACAUUUUUAAUGAGAUCAAGAGCUGGUUUUAUCCGUUAAAUACCAAUAAUCAGUCUUUACCUGAACAUCUUUACCACUGUCUUGUCAAUCCGCUUGUCCGUUUGAUUGUUUGUCCGUCCGUUUGAGCAUCCGUCCGUCUGUUUUUCGUCCGUCUGUGUGUAUAAAAGUGCUCUAAUGACGUACAAUCUUUGGACAGUAAAGACAUUGGUCAAAUAACUGAAUUACUAACCCAAAAGAUAACCUCUUGAUCUCAAACUUUUCAUUUUUCAAUCUAAUUAAAACAUUUAUCAUUACAGAACCGCUACAGCCGGAUGAACUGAUCGUUGCUCAGUUGAAUUGCUGUAUAUUUAAUAUCGAAUUAAAUAUGCAUCAAAUCAGUGAACGUGGAACUAAUAAUUAUUGAAGGGUCACAAUUUAUUUAUUUUUAAUAAGCGUCUUGUUAGCUAGGAUACCUCUGAUUAGAAAAUAAUCAUUGAUUUCAGAAAUGCAGAGAACGCCAAAGCAUGACCAUCAUGCAUUACAAGAAAAAUACAUCGGAUUCGGAGUGUGAAGCUUAAUAUGAAAGUAUUAAAAUAUUCAAAGGGUAAAGGGUACACAGUUUCAAUAAGACGAAAAACAUUUUGGGAACCAUCAACAGAGAUCAUUUAUGUAUAAUUGCAUUUGUAGGCGACUACUUUUGUUUUCCUAGAGCUUUAGCUUCUCGAAUGCCAGGCUUACCGCGAGGCUCAGAAAUUGUGAUGAUGGGUUCGACCGUAAUGAUUACAACUUUCAGUUUCCAAGAAAUGCAUCGGAUACAUGAUGACGAAUAUCCCGAGGAUGUUAAGGAUCCGGACUUUAAGGGAUCGGUUCAGAAGGAGAUAUCAGUGAAAUCGCGUCACCAGAUUUCCAUUCCAGAUAUUUGCACAGAGGCCGUUAAGAACAACUGUUUUCCGCCGACAGGCUUUUUGAAUAACUCGAUCGCCUUUGCCUCCCACGUGGUCAAGUGCAGUUCCCCGGCCUCGAGCAUAGAUGAGUCCUCGUCGACGGCCCAGCACGAAUCCAACCCCCACAUGCACAUGCAGGGCCAGCACUUGAUGGCUCCUGUGCCCGACCUCGGGUUCUACAACGUUCCCGAGUUCAUUUCGGAGCAGGAAAAGCUCAUGUUUUCCGAUGCCGAGAGGUUUCUUAGGUCAAAAGAUAACGAAGUUUGCAGCAAUGAUUUCAGCUACAUGCACGACGAGUUCGCCAUGCGCAAGUACUACCACCCUCUAUUUGCCCACGGCAUAUGCCGCUGGCCCGGUUGCGAAAUGGACUUGGAGGACAUCACGUCAUUCGUCAAGCAUCUCAAUACUGAACACGGACUGGAUGACCGGUCAACCGCUCAGGCACGAGUUCAGAUGCAAGUAGUCUCCCAGCUGGAGUCCCACCUUCAAAAGGAAAGAGAUCGCUUGCAGGCCAUGAUGCACCACUUGUAUUUAUCUAAGCAACUGUUAUCCCCCACCAAAAUUGACAGGAAGGACGCUCCCGGAAGGGAAGGAAAGUUUUGCCGAAGUCCACUCACAGUGAACAGCAUAGGUCGACCCAUCCGCCAAACAAGUUCACCUAGCUCACUUAAUCUCCCAAUGGUUAACUCCACCAACCUAUGCUCGAUCAAAAAAAGAAGCCACGACAAAAACUCAUUUUCCAUAAAUGGUGGAUUACCUUACAUGCUUGAAAGAGCGGGACUUGACGUACAGCAGGAAAUUCACCGGAACAGAGAAUUCUACAAAAAUGCAGAUGUGCGGCCGCCGUUCACCUAUGCUUCCCUCAUAAGACAGUCCAUAAUCGACUCCCCUGAUAAGCAGCUAACCCUAAACGAAAUUUACAAUUGGUUCCAAAACACCUUCUGCUACUUCCGGCGCAACGCCGCUACGUGGAAGAACGCGAUACGCACGAAUCUGUCUUUGCACAAGUGCUUCGUGCGUUAUGAAGAUGACUUUGGCUCGUUUUGGAUGGUCGACGAUAAUGAGUUCGUCAAAAGGCGGCACUUGUCGAGAGGGCGGCCUCGGAAGUAUGAUCCGUCCUCCUCCCCGAAUUCGUGCCAAUCUGGCAACGGUGUGUCCACUGACAAGAACCCCUGCGACAAUUGUCCCCAACACUGCUCCAGUUUGCCCCCGGGGGCUGAGAAUCCCCUAGAUCCCAAUAAUCCAAGUGAUAUCGGGCGAAUUGGUUGUCUUCCGUUUUGCGGAAGUGAUGGUUUAAAUAAGGUCUCCAAGGAGUAUAGCAAUAUGGAUUCGGGUAUGGUCGAAGGUAACAGCCAUUUAGCAAUGGACGAAUACUCUACUAAUAUGUAUGAAAGUGGUGCCAGUGAGCACAAUCGAUAAAUGUAUCAAAAGGAAUAUUUAUUUAGAUGCAUUGUCGACAUAUCUGCGUUUUUUAUUUCAAGUGGUUCGGAUUCGGAAAUUAUACUUGUAAAUACACAUAGUUAUAAGUAUAAUUUCCUUAAUAGAAGCAAAGGAAUACACUUUUAAAAUAAAUAACACUAAUACAAUAAAAUAAAUUCAAUUUUCUGUGAAGCUGAAUUGAUUUUUUCUAUCCUUCUUAUUAAGUCAAUAAAUCAAGAAAAAUAUGUUUAUAGAGCUUUUAGAUUUUCAGCAACUAAAAAAAGGUAAUAAUUUAAAAAAAUUCUACGAAAAGGAAUGGCCGCCUUAUUAUAAAAUCUAGAAAAUACUCCGAGGUUAAGUAAGUAAAGGAAGUGCCCACUUCCAGUUUUCUGAUGGUUGGCUCUUUUAAACAUUCAUUAAUAAUUUCUCAUUUUAUUUCAGAGAAAUGGUGAAACUGGAAGAACAGAAAAUAAAAUAUUAUUUACGACAUAA